CUUCAUUAUUUCAAAAUAACUAUUUUAUAUUUUAAUUUUAUAAUUUAUACAUGUUAUCUUACUAAAUUUAAACUGAUGAUCAAAUAUCUGAAGUCCCAACAAUGCCAGAUCUCAGACUUUGUACUGUAUUACAUGCACAUUCAGAUUUCGAAUAAAAAAUUUCUUUAAAUUUUGGUAUCUAUUAUUGCCACACUCUUUGACUGUUAUUAUAAUGAAAACUAUUUUAUGUUGUGCCUGAGGAAAAGCACAUUAAAUAAUCGAUUAGUUACUUUAAUUGAAGAUUUGAUCAUUAAUUUUUUUUUAAUAUUUGUAGUUUCUUUUCAGAUUUCAAGACAGACUAAUGCCAUGAAUUAUUUGCCAUGCAUAUGCAGAUUAAGAAGCCUUAGAUGAAAGAGGAAGUGAAAGUAUUUCUCACCUGUACGGAUUCACAUGAAAGCAAAGACAAUUGGAAAUAAAGUCUGGAAGUGAUUUUGAGUAUCAACCAAUCAGAAUUUUUUGUAUGUUAUUUCGUAUCUUCAAAAAUUAUUUUGAGGAAUACAUGAGCACUGAAACAAAAGAACGGCCACUUUCAUGUGGCAUAUGCUGCCAGCCAUUUCUAGAGCAAUAUAAUUUAGAUGCACAUGUGUGUACUCGCACAUUAAAGAAGGAAAAAUGUAAUGUAUGUGGCAAGUCAUUUUCAUGCCAAGCUAGAUUAAAUAGUCAUAUGGUUAUGCAUACACAUUCAAAACCUCAUAAGUGUGACACAUGUAAUAAAUCAUUUAGCACUAAAGGUAAUUUAAAAGCUCAUAUGCUUAUCCACACAGGUGAGAAACCAUUUGAAUGUGAUAAAUGUAACAAAUCAUUUAGCACAAAAGGUAACUUUAAUGCUCAUUUGGUUGUCCACACGGGUGAGAAACCAUUUGAAUGUGGUAUGUGUAAUAAAUCCUUUAACCGUCAGGCUAGUUUAAUCAGACAUGUACGUUAUUGGCAUACAGGAGAGAAACCAUAUGAGUGUGAUGUAUGUAACAAAUCAUUUGCUGAGCAACAUUAUUUGAAAGCUCAUAUGUAUACUCAUACAGCUAAUACACCAUAUCAGUGUAACAUAUGUAAUAAGUCAUUUCUUUAUCAGUAUGUGUUAAGUAGACAUAUGUUAAUACAUACAGGUACGAAACUUUUUAUGUGUGACACUUGUAGCAAAUCAUUUAACGACAAACGGAACUUUAAAGCCCAUUUACUUAUCCAUGCUGGUGAAAAGCCUUAUAUGUGUGAUAUAUGUAGCAAAUCAUAUUACCGUCAGUCUAGUUUAGUCAGGCAUGUGCGUACCCAUACGAAAGAAAAACCAUACAUUUGUGAUGUAUGUAAUAAAUCUUUUCCACAGAUGCAGAACUUAAAAAUACAUAUGUUUACCCAUACAGGUAAGAAGCCAUAUGAAUGUAAUGUAUGUAACAAAACAUUUCCAUGCAAGUCUAAACUAAACAGCCAUAUACAUGCAGGUCAGAAACUUUACAAGUGUGACACAUGUAGCAAAUCAUUUAGGCGGAAAGCUAACUUUAAAAUUCAUUUGCUUAUUCAUACAGAAAAUAAGUAUGUCAAGGCACUACAUAAGUGUGAUGCAUGUACGAAAUCAUUUAAAUAUCAGUCUAGUUUAAUAACUCAUCAACGUAGCCAUAUGGGAGAGAAACCAUAUGAGUGUUCUAUAUGUAAUAAAAGAUUUUCACAUGCAGAUUCUUUUAGGAAGCAUCUGCGUAUUCAUACUGGUGAGAAACCUUAUAUGUGUAAUUUAUGUAACAGAUCAUUUACACGAAAAUAUAUUUUGGACAAACACAUGUGUAUUUGCAAAUAUUAGGAAACUUUCUGUGUGUGUUAUUUGGAGCUAGAAAUUUGCAUAUAGCGGAAGCUUAUUUACCUAUCCUUAUUAGGAGCUACAAAACUUUUCAUCUAAGAUAUGUAGGAUUUUUUAAAAUUUUUAUUUGUUUAUUUUGUGUAACAAUGAUAAACCUAAUAAAAUAGUCAAGUGGUUAAAAUUUUGAAGCUCUGGCAAGUCAGUGCAGUUUCUAUCCAGUUUGCGACAGUAAGCAAUCAUUUUCAUCUACGUGUGCAUCCAGAAUGUUUCAACAAAUCUGAGGUGUAAAAAUUCUACAGUGCUGAUAUCAAGCACUGAGUUUAGAUUGUGCAUUAUGAUUUAUUUUGUUAUUAAGGUUCAAUAAAUGUUUAGCUGUGUUACAAAACCAGUUAUCAAUAAAACCAAGUAAAUUUCUUAAAAAGGGGACAUAAAUGAUAAGUGAAUGAAUAGGGUGGUUAGGAGGAUUUCUUGAUAUGUAAUAUAAAUAUGGGCUAGUUUUUCUCACAAAGUUUUCUAUAAAGCUGUACUUUUCCAUUUAUUUUUAGAACAAGUUAAUUAGAAAUUUUAUGCUAUAAAAAGGCUGCAGAGAAUUUUACAUUAAAGAGGCAUUUCUAACUCUAUUUUGCUAUUCCAGCUGAUUUUUGUCUAUAUGUAAGUUACAUACAUCGACACAUUAUCACUAACUUAGAAGUGAAUCAAUUUAGUACUAGUGUUAUUAGUCAAUUUUAAUUGUCUCGAAAAUUUGAGAUAGUUUCAUUUGGUUACAUUAAUGUAUAAAGCAUUUUCUUUGGCAUAAGUAAAUUUUUUAUACUGAUACAUAAAUUCUUUACUGAAUGUAAUUCUAGAUAGUUUCCACAUUACAAAUGGUUUACAAAUGUUAUGUAUUUGUCAUAUUAUUAUGAAAGUCUUAAAUUAGUAACUGUCGAUUAACAAAAGAAAUCCAAAAAUGAUUUUUACUUUUUCUGAAGACAGCUGAUGAGCAAAAGUGUAAGGUUAAGUGUUUGUUGUAUUGCAUAAAAUUCUGGAUAAUUGUGAUUACUAUGCAAAUUUAUGGCAGUUUUCAAAGUUUCUAAAUUACCUGCAAAGAACUGAAUAGGAAAAAUAUAUGUUAGUGAAAUUUUAUUUGUAUCUUCUUACUAAAUUUAGAUACAUUUCUAAAACUGCAUCCUUUACUGUUUUUCAUUAAAAAGCUUUCAAAUUUUGCUUUAAGCAUUCGAUGUUAGGUAAUUUUUUCUUCUAAUUCAUGUUGUGAAGUAUUCUAUCAAAUACAAACCAUAUAGAAUUUGGAUUCAAGAAAAACUGUUUUUGGUUUCACUUCUCAUUUUCUUCUAUUUAUGUGGUUUAUGUAUUUAAUCACAUUAUUAUUCCUCUUGUUGUUACUUUAGGUUUUUAUGAAUUGUUUGGUUUAAUGUGAUAGGUUUCUCGCCCUCUUGUAGAUGUGGAAACAUUCAAAACACAUUCCUGUGUGAAUUAAAGAAAUUACUUCUUAUUACCAUUUCAGCUUAUAAGAGGUUUCACAUAAAUCUGUAAAACAUGAAAACCUGCAUUACAAUCUAUAGGUGUAAAUGAAUGUUUGCUUGUUUGUCUUUUAUAGAAAUUUGCAUUUUAAUUCCUAUUUUUAUGAAACUUGCCACACUGGACCUUCAAGACUGGAGCAAGGUCACUGUCUAAAUAAAAAUUUUUCAAUAACCAGUCCAUGAGGUCUGGUUAUUGAUAAAUAUUUAUUAGGCAGUGCAUGCAUGCAAAUAUUUUAUGCUAAUUUAAAGGACUUUUGAUUAAAGAUAUAGUGAUUUAAAAGCUUUGCGUUGCCACUCUGGAAAGCAUAAGAUAUGUAUGUUUCAAAGUUAAUCAGAAAACUUGGCGAUGUAAAAAAAUUGUAUUGCUGUUCAGGAGAAUGCAAUUAUAUUAAUUUGUUUCAAAUUUAAUACACAAAUUCAGCUAUUUUAAGGGCAAUAUGUUGCCGCUGCUCAAAUUGAUGUAUUUUAAAAUGUGUUAUUGUUUAGCAAAGCGUAAAAUAUUUAAUUUUCACAUAUUAACAUGCAUGCAUUAACAUGUUAUUACAUCACACACACAUUUUUAGCUUUUUAAAAGUGAAUUUGUAACAGUCGUCACAAAGCAUUACUUUCCCUGUGAAAUCAAUUAUGCCACCAAAACAAAAAUCAAUUGCUGCUCGAUCCACACCUCAAGCAUGAAUGAAAAAGGUAUCACAAGCUUCAGAAACAAGAGUAAGAGGAAGCAAGACUGGAAAGCAUUUGAAUGUGCACUGCUCAAAACCCAUUGGAAUGAAACAAUGUGUGAAGGAAGACUGAGAAAUGGUCUAUUACACACUGCUGAAGCCCAUUUGUCUGAAACGCAUGAGCAAAGGGAAGCAAGACUGGAAAACUUUUGAGUAUCCAGACAAACACUGCAUGUUGAUUUAAAUCUUGAUGCAUUUCAUUGCAAUGAUAAUUAUGAUUACAGUCAUCAUCCAAGUGUGGUCGUUGUAGAGAUGGAGAAAUUAUGCAUGUAUUGCAGAGCCCUCAAAUUUAAGAAUGAAGCACCAAGACUGUGCUGCAUGAGUAGAAAAGUGGAAAUACUCUGCACCAGAUGGAAAACAAAUAUUGUGUAGACAAAAGCACUUCAUAAACAGAUUUAAAACAUAAACACUUUCUUUCCUUUAAGUAGCAUUACAACUCUCCUUUAAGUAGCAUUACAACUCAUGUUGGGUGACAGCCAUGUGUACAGAUAUGCCCUUCGUAUUUAAACGUUUGCAGCUUCUGGUGAGACUCGCAAUUGCAGUGACCAUCAACAAAGCACAGAAACAAUCGCUACGGGUUGAUGGACUAAAUUUUGAAAAUCUCUGCUUUUUUCAUGGGCAGCUAUGUGGGGUGUGCUCAUGUGUCGAAAAAAAACCUAA